GAUGCUACAUACUGCCGUCCGAGCUGUCAGCCACGUCACCUCCUCUGAAACAACUUUCCUCCCGGACCUCUUCACCCUCAGCAGAGUUUAUGAGUGAUCUCUGUGGACAUUUUAUCUAUUUCUCUGCAUACGUUUCGAUAACGAGCCAAAAAGCUACCAAACACGCCCUGUUUAGCUGUUAGCUGUUAGCUUCUUAUUAGCCUUUUAACGUCUUGUUUUUCUUUUUUGCAUUUGCGGAGCUUUUUGUGUCUAAACUCCGGUCUCUUCAGGACGUGCCAGGCCUGUGAGAAGUUGUUUUUUUAAAGGUUUUGUUAACGACGCGGAUCCAAAAUGAAUGUUUUUCGUCUGGCGGGUGACGUGUCACAUUUGGUGGCUAUCCUUAUCCUGUUACUGAAGAUAUGGAAGUCCAAAUCCUGCGCUGGCAUCUCUGGAAAAUCUCAGGUGCUGUUUGCACUUGUCUUCACCACCAGGUACCUCGACUUGUUCACUGUCUUCAUCUCACCCUACAACACGAUCAUGAAGGUGGUGUUCCUGUCUCUGUCCUACGCCACUGUGUACCUCAUCUACAUGCGCUUCAGAAACUCGUACGACUCCGACAACGACACGUUUCGUGUAGAGUUCCUGUUGGUGCCAGUCAUCGGGCUGUCCUUCCUGGAAAACUAUGCCUUCAACCCACUGGAGAUCUUGUGGACCUUCUCCAUCUUCCUGGAGGCGGUGGCCAUAAUGCCGCAGCUCUUCAUGAUCACGAAGACCGGCGAGGCCGAGUCCAUCACCACCCACUACUUGUUCUUCCUCGGACUGUACAGAGCCCUCUACAUCGCCAACUGGGUGUGGCGUUACCACACAGAGGGCUUCUUCGACCAGAUCGCCGUGGUGUCUGGCGUCGUGCAGACCAUCUUCUACUGCGAUUUCUUCUACCUUUACGUCACAAGGGUGCUUCAAGGAAGAGCAAAGAUGAGCCUGCCGAUGCCCGUUUAAAACAGACGUCUGUGCUGUUCCUCCUCCCAUCUGUGCCUGCUACAGCUCAGCACCUGGACGCAGACCUUGCCCUUCAACUGUACAUGUAUUUAGCGAUGGGACUCAUGGUCUGACGUAACUCUGUAGACCAAACUGUGUGCACCUCUUGAGAUUGACGUGUGAUUGGUACUUUGUGUGUGUAUGUAUGUGCGCAUACAUGCUGUGUUGUCGAGGUUUGUGAUGUAUGUUUGAGUUGUUUUUUUUCUUUUUAAGAUGCAGAUGUGACACUGGAAAGGUGUCCCUGUUGUGCAUGUGGAACUUAAAUUCAGGCAAGUGAGUAACACUAUGGAGACUGUUUGUCUUUACUUUCCUUUUUAGACUUUGGCUCUGGAGACGUUACAACGCUGAAUCCACAAAAUUGUAAAUCUUGUUGAUUGUAUGUAGCAUCAGAGCCAGUGUUUACGGAGUUAAAGGGUAACUCAGAUUUUUCAACUUGGACCAUAUUUUCCAUUGUUUUUGUGUCAAAUACCCUGUUUAGACCUGGUUUUAACAUGCGUCUCAGGUGAUCACCUGCUGUGGUGGUCUGGGACGGAUUUGACUACGUAUCUAUUGUAGUAUAAACACUAACACCAUCCUGAUGCGUCUUUGACGAGGACGUAGUCAUCAGUGCAUGACAUUGUGGUUGUUUCAGUGACGGCGCAUUAAUGAUAUGUAAUUUCCCAAUAUUUAUGUCAAGUCUGACGAAUUGUUGUGUGACCAUCCCUCGUUUUUCUUCUAAUAUAUUGAGACAUGUUGAAUUCUGCAGACAGCGAGAUCUCCAUCUGCACUAAAACAACUGCUUACAUUAGUACCAAGCACACUUCAGGGCAGCCAGCGAAAGUGCAGACGUAAUACCUGGUCCAAAAUUUGAACACAGGUGGUCAGCUGGAGACGCAUGAUAGACAAAGGUGCAAAUGGCGAUGUGUCUUGGCCGUCCCCUUUUGUUAGGCUUAGCGAAACACAUGUUAAUGCCAGGUCUAAAGUGACUGAUGGAAGCAACAGUUUUUGAAAUUGGUCCAGUAUUGAGAAACAGCGCUGCAGUCAGCAGUGGCAUAAAUUGGGGCAUUUGUGCACAUCAGCGUACGUCCAUUAAAAGUGCUUGUUUUUGCCACUGAUAGACUCAGAUUGUUAUCCUAAGUGUCUGAUAUUAUGGAAGGGAUCCCUACAAAGUAAGAUCCUUUUUAUUUAGCCAGAAAUGUCAUCAAAAUCAAUAUUUCCAGACUUGCCAGACUGGGUGAAUUAAGGGUUAAUUUCAACCUAACCAGAGAUGCUGAUUGUCUUUCCACAGUUUAACAAAGACAGCUUUUGUGAGUUUUUAGUUUAUUUCUGUCGACUUUGAAUGAAGUGUGCUUUACAAAGGAUAAAAUGAUAGCUUAUUUGCAUGGAGUCUGGUGGGUUUGGAAAUAGUGAUUUCUGGGCGGUUUCUAGAUAAACAAAAGGAGCUUAUUCUGUAAGAAAAAGGUCUAUCUCUGCAAAAUCCUUUCCCUAACUUUGUUAGACAGAUUUAAAAAAAAUAUUCCCAUUAGUCACUUAAAACACAAAACCAUAGGUAAAUAGAGUCCAGGUCUAAAAAUAAUUAUCCUUUAAAGCUGUAAGAGUUUUAUGUCAACACUUCCUACAUUUUAUCAAAACACCACCAUGUUUUACAAUCUCAGUCUUGCCUGAUGAUAAUAACAAAUAUUGUAAAUUUUUUUUAAAGUGUACUUCAUACUCUUCCAGUCGGCAGUUUUAUUUAAAUAACCUAAUAUUGCAAAUUUGCCUCGAGCUUUUGAAAUCUGUACAGCUUUCGCAAAGUGUCUUCUUCCUCUUUUUGGUUCUGUACUGUUAGACACUCCUUGAAUAGCUUGCUGUACUAUUUGCAAACAAUUUCUUUUCUCCUUGGCUAAGUAUGUUACUUUUUCUAUUUUCUUUUAAUUGUCAUCUUUUAUAUUUCAAUGUAUUGGAGAUAAAAAGGGCUAAACAUGUUGUCAUGUCUUAAAUGAAGCCAAAGAUAGAACAGAUAACUGCUGCAAUGUUUUAGUCCAUCAAAUGUUUUCUGGGUUUGUUUGACUAAACUUUAGUUGUGUCGUCGAGGAUAAAAAAUGGGGGAAAUAGCAGAAGAGCGUGUUGAAUUUCUGUAAAAGAUUAACCUGUUUUUGGUCACAGUAAGUUGAAUUGCACACCAUUUUUAUGACAUUACCUUUAUUAUAACGUGUGAAAUAUCUCA